UUUGACAUUUUUUCGCAGGCACUUUCACUAUAUUUCGGAAGAAGUUAGCUUUAGUUUGCACGGUAGCAGUGGAAAGACUUUAAAAAGUGUUUCUUUAGAUAGGUCGUCUUUAAGCACCCACAGUCAUGAGAUUACUGGUGCUGCCUCUAGCAGCUCUGUUCCUUGCGUUGCUCUCCCAAGCAGUUGGUAAUCCACAAGAAGAAACUACAACAAAUAGAUCACUACGACGAUCUCGGUUCAAAUUGAAGACUAGACCAAAUGCGUUUAACUUGGCACAACCAAGACUACGACUCCAGCCGGCAGCUGCGACGAUGGGUGCCAGGGAUGAUGAAGCAGCUGCUGUAGAUGCUGUUGACGAAACUCCUGCUCGUCCUGUGGCGGCACGACAGCGACUUACCCGAAGAAGAGGCCAAGCUACUGAAGGAGCUGCAACUACUGAAGGAAGUGCAGCUUCUGAAGGAACUGCAGCUUCUGUUAGAUCCGGGACCAAAGUGAGGGUACAGCGAAGAAGAGGCGACGCAAAGCCUGCAAGUUCUACUGUUCCUCAGCGUCGCAGAAUUACCCCUGCAGCCACAAGCAGAAUUUCCUUGUCCCGAAGUACAGGCAACGAAAUUGAUAACGAUGUUGGGCCGGAGCAGAAGCCCACCGACUACAAGGUUGUCUGCUAUCACACCAACUGGGCCCAAUACAGGACCAAAAUUGGCAAGUUUACCCCCGAGCACAUCGACCCACACCUGUGUACCCACAUCAUCUUCUCGUUCGGCUGGAUGAAGAAAGGAAAGAUCGCUUCAAGCGAUGCUAAUGAUCUGUCCUUAGACGGCAAAAUAGGCCAAUAUGAGCAGAUUACUUCGCUCAAGAACAUCAACAAGAAUCUGAAAGUUCUGCUUGCUGUUGGUGGCUGGUCUUUCGGCACGAAGAAGUUUAAGGAUAUGUCGUCGAAUCGUUACAAUCGGCAGACUUUCAUACAGAGCACCAUUCCCUUCCUGAGAAAACAUAAAUUUGACGGACUAGACCUGGAUUGGGAAUAUCCUAAAGGGUCCACUGACAAGGCCAAUUUCGUCCAUCUUCUUGAAGAACUGAUGGAGGCUUUCAUCGGAGAGGCGGAGGCCACGGGCCAGACGCGUCUGCUGCUCACGGCUGCCGUGCCCGUUGGCCCCGACAACAUCAGGGGCGGCUACGACGUCCCGAAAGUUGCGAAAUUUUUAGAUUUUCUCAACGUUAUGGCGUACGAUUUCCACGGGAAGUGGGAGAACACCGUGGGACACAACGCGCCCAUGUACGCCCCCUCCUCAGACAGCGAAUACCGCAAGCAACUCUCCGUCUCCAAUGCCGCUAGAAUCUGGACGAACUUAGGAGCCCCUAAAGAGAAGCUUGUGAUCGGCAUGCCUACGUACGGGCGCUCCUUCACCCUGGCCAACCCUGCGCGCUACAUCGUCAACAGUCCCUCGACCGGCGGCGGCGAGGCCGGCAAGUACACCGGAGAGGAAGGCUUCAUGUCUUACUACGAGGUGUGUGAACAUCUGCGGUCUGGAGGAGUGUACAUCUGGGACGAAGAAAUGCAAGUUCCGUACAUGGUUAAAGGCAGCUUAUGGGUAGGUUUUGACGACGAGAGGGCAAUGAGGAACAAGAUGAAGUUCAUCAUCGACAACGGCUACGGUGGAGCAAUGGUGUGGACUCUGGAUAUGGAUGACUUCACUGGAGAAGUCUGUGGUGGCAAAACUAAAUUCCCACUCAUCAGCAUCAUGGCGGAAAUGCUGCUUGGACGCAGCCGUAAAGGCACAGACGUCGACUGGACUAAAGUCGCCAAGACUGUUGUGCCUGUGGUGCCUACCCUCCCUGAACCCACCGUGUCGCGGAUCUCACCUCAAGAAAUAGCUCAGCUCAUACCCAGAAUCGAUACUGUGGACGAUAGUCUCAACCUGUUUGCAGAAGACACCCCAAAAGUGGUGUGCUACUACACCUCGUGGUCCGUGAAGAGGCCGGGGGCCGGAAGGUUUGAACCAGAGAACCUGGAUCCGUUCCUAUGCACGCACAUCAUUUAUGCCUUCGCCACCAUGAAGGAUUACAAGAUGGCAGCCGCGGACCGCGCUGAUCUGGGAGAUAGCAGGAAAAUGGGAAUGUAUCAGAGGAUCACGGCUCUUAAGGAAAAGAAUCCAAAGCUCAAGAUUUUGCUGGCUCUUGGCGGCUGGACAUUUGGCUCUAAGCCCUUCAGGGAGCUUGUCUCCAACACUUACCAUAUGAACGGCUUUGUUUACGACUCCAUCGACUUCCUGCGUAAACAUAACUUCGAUGGCCUCGACGUUGAUUGGGAGUACCCGAGCGGUGCGGACGACAAGGCGAACUUCGUGCGGUUCAUCAUGGAGCUGCGCACGGCGUACGAGGGCGAGGCGGAGAGCACAUCAAACCCCCGGCUGCUGCUCACCGCUGCCGUCCCUGCCUCCUUCGAAGCUCUCGCUGCUGGAUACGACGUGCCUGAGCUCAGUAAAUAUCUGGAUUACUUCAAUGUAAUGACGUACGAUUUCCACGGCCAUUGGAACGAAGAAGUCGGCCACAACUCGCCUCUACAGCCUCUGCUCACUGCCAACUCCUAUGAAAAGAAACUCACAGUCGAAUAUAGUCUGCGGGAGUGGAUGAAGCAAGGAGCGCCGUCCCAAAAACUGCUCAUGGGUAUCCCAGUGUACGGGCGCUCGUUUACUCUAGCGGACCCCGAACAAUUCGACAUCGGCGCCGCGGCAGUGAAGGGAGGCAAGGAAGGCCGAUACACCGCUGAAGAAGGAUUCUUGUCUUACUACGAGGUUUGCGACUUCCUGUACGAAGAUAACACGACGCUGGUCUGGGACAAUGAACAGCAAGUGCCCUUCGCUUAUAAUGGCGAUCAGUGGGUCGGCUUCGAUGACGAGCGAUCUAUAGACAUCAAGAUGAGUUGGGUGAAGAGCAACAAGCUGGGCGGUGUUAUGGUGUGGAGCAUGGACAUGGAUGACUUCAGGGGUAACUGUGGAGCAGGUACAAAGUAUCCCAUCCUCAAUACCAUUCAAGAUGGACUUCAGAACUACUCAGUCGCUCUGACCUACGAGGGACCGUAUGAACACCGUCGUAAUGUCGACGGCACAAUAGCUAAGAAAGACCCGACCGUUGUGAACUGCGACGAAGGAGACGGUAUAAUUAGUUACCACGAAGACAAGGCAGAUUGCACCAAAUACUACAUGUGCGAAGGGGACCGCAAGCACCACAUGCCGUGCCCCGUGGACCUCGUAUACAACCCUGCAGGGACUGUAUGCGAUUGGCCCGCGAAUGUUCCUGGUUGUGAAAACGCACGGGUUCCUGGCGCAGGCAGGAGGAGAAAAUAGAUAUUUUUAUUGUGAAACGUAGGAUAGUUAUUGUGAUUUGUUCAAAUGAAACAUAAAUCUUGCGAACCAUAUUGUUCCCAUCAGAAGAGACUUGCUUCGUUCUGUUGAACCGUUUUUGCGCUCGAAUAACUUUCAUUUAAUUUUGUCUACAGCUAAGUUCUAUUGAAAUUAAAGUAUCAUUCACGUUGAUCAACUACAAUUUCGAUAAAACGGCCCAAGUAAGAAAUAACCUGAAACCCAAGGAAACUUACGCUGGUGAAUUUUCAGCAACCUUCUUUCGUGUCAAUCGUAUAAUCUUGUAAAUAAAAACCGUACCACAUGAAAGCAUGACGAUAAUAUUUACUUCAUGGAUACGUUAAAUAAAAUUGUUAGUUAUGCGUUGAUUGCUUUUAACUGUAGAGUAAUUCUAGUAUUUUUCGAGUUCUGAUUAGUGUAUUAUAUAUUUUAUAUUCAAAUUUCCUGUAUAAAAAUGUAUAAAGAUAA